AUGGAUACAGAGAAGCUCGCAAGCGUCACCGCAGAGCGCCGCGCGUCUAAUGCCGAGCGCCGCGCAUCUAUAGUCCACGACCCCGACGCAGGCCAUCUCAUGAACCAAGAAGACCAUGAGAAGUCAAAGUGGCAAGCUAUCAAGAGCCAGCCCUGGGCAUUCGCUUGGUGCCUCUUCGGAGUCUGGUUGUCGCUUCUAGUCAGCUUUGAGAACCAAGCGGCCGGCAUCGUUAUUGGUAUCCCGCAGUUUCGCAAAGACUUUGGCUCGUUCUACGAGGGUAACUACGUUCUGCCCGCCAAAUGGCAGUCCGCCUUCAGUGGAGCACCCGUGGCUGCAACAGCCAUAGGCGCCUUGACUGCGGGCCAAAUCGCUGACUCGAUCGGGCGCAAGAAGACUGUCAUGGCCUUCCUCGUUGUCUCAUGGAUCGGAGUUACCAUGGAGUUCAUUUCUACGACCAACGAACUCUUCUUUGGGGGUAAAUUCGUAAAUGGCUUUGCAGUCGGCACCCUCGCUGCCCUCGGCACAACUUAUGUUGGAGAAAUCGCGCCCUUGGCAUUACGAGGCCUCCUCACUGCCGUCAUUGCUUUAGCAUACACGGUCGGGCCCCUAUGUGCGGCACUCAUCCUCAACGACACUGGCACUAUGGAGAACAGAUGGGCUUACCGCGCCGUUUUUGUCUCCCAGUACGGCUUCGCAGCCGUGGCGAGCAUUGCAGUUUUCUUCAUGCCUGAGAGUCCCUGGUGGCUGGCCAACAAAGGGAAAGACGAGCAAGCGCUUCGCUCUCUCAGAGGUCUAGGCUACAACAAGGGCGAUGAAGACGUCAAGCGCCUUGCCCUUAUCAAGCUCACCUUGGAACAAAUCAAGAGCGAAACUGAGAACGCCACCUAUCUUGAAUGCUUCAGACGUUCGAACCUGAGGAGAACAAUCAUCAGCAUCGCUCCACUCGAGAUUCAAGCAUUAGGCGGCGUCAUCUGGGUUGCGGGCUACUCAACAUACUACAUCCAACUCGCUGGCUACAGCACCGCAAUGAGCUUCAAGCUCUUCAUCGCGCUCCAGGUCGUCUCGAUGUUCGGCAACGUCUGCUCUUGGUUUCUGGUUGACAAGGUUGGACGUCGCAAUCUGACAUUAUGGGGCGUGACAAUCCUAACUGUGCUCCUCAUGGUGGCUGGCGGCCUUGCCAGCGCGGGCUCACCAGGCGCUAUCAAAGCGGCUAUCGGGCUGAUCACCGUCUAUGGCUUCUUCUACAACAUCACCAUCGGAGCGACCGCGUACAAUCUUCUUGUGGAAGUCUCGACAUCCCGGCUCCGAAUCAAGACGAUCGCUAUUGGUCUCGCCUUGCAGAACCUGACCUACAUGAUGUGGUCGUUUGUGCUUCCCUACCUCUUCAACCCGGACAAGGCGAAUCUCGGAGCGAAGGUCACUUUCAUCUUCGGUGGUAUCUCAGUCCUCUGUAUUAUCUACCUUUGGUUCUACCAGGUCGAAACGGCGAAUCGCAGCUAUGCUGAGCUCGAUGAGAUGUUUGCGAAGAGAAUUCCGGCGAGGAAGUUCAAGACAUAUAUCACUGACGAGCAGCGCAUGGGGCAGGAGGUUAAGAGGAAGUCUAUUGGAGCAUGA